CCCGCUGAGAUCUUAGGGGUGGCGGCUCGGAGAACACUACGGGAGAGCCUGUCAGAGCUGUCCUCAAGCGGGGCGAGGACAGGCGGGAGCGCCGGGCCCUGCGGCGCGAGCUCGGUGGCCGGGCUGGCGCCCCGGCGCGCAUGCGCCCUGAUACAGCCGCGCGCGCCCCCGCACUGCCCUGCGGGAGGAGUGACAGUCCUCCCUCCUGGUACCCGGUGGGAGGUGAACCAGCAAUUAAUGGAUGCCUGGAAGUUGACGUACAUAUAUAUUCAGAAAUGUUUUGGCGCCUGAGACCUGUCAGGAGGUUAUGUCUAGAGAAGGUAUUUCCGCACUGGUUUCUCUACUCAAGAGCUUUUUCAGGAGCCGAAGCAGUCAAUGCCUUGAGGCCAUUCUAUUUUGCAGUGCAUCCAGAUUUCUUUGGACAGCACCCCAGAGAAAGGGAAGUCAAUGAAAAUUCCCUUCAGAGAUUAAGUGUCUACUUAGAAAACCUCCAGAAACCAGGCUUCAAGUCUUUGAAACCAACUCAGCUUACGUUUUAUGUAAGAGAAACAGACCAGAAUUCUUCCGAUGGCCAGGAACCCUUUAGUACUUUCGGAUUUCGAGCAGUCAAAUUUACUUUGCACACCAGAGAUCUGCUAAGCACAGUAUUGUAUAUUCUCAACUCCUGCAGUUUAUCAGUUAAACAUGUCCAAAGCUUGAACAGCACUGUGCAUUCUCAGCCUCUCAAAACGGCGAAAAGGAUGUCUGACAGGCCCAUCAAAUGGGACAAGUCUUAUUACUCCUUUACUGGAUUCAAGGACCCGGAUGAACAUCUUGAACAAGUCUUGAGAAUGGAAACAACCCUAACAUCCUGGUUAGAUAACAAUGGGAAAAGUGCUAUUGAAAAGCUGGAGAAUAGUUUGCCACUUAGAAAAGAACUAGAUCGUUUAAAAGAUGAACUGUCUCAUCAGUUGCAGCUCUCAGAUAUCAGGUGGCAGAGGAGCUGGGGCGUCGCCCAUCGCUGUAGCCAGCUGCAUAGUUUAGGCCGCUUAGCACAGCAGAACUUGGAAACACUUAAAAAUGCAAAAGGGUGUACAAUAAUAUUUACAGACCGCUCCGGGAUGAGUGCCGUGGGCCAUGUCAUGCUGGGCACAAUGGAUGUCCAUCAUCACUGGACAAAGCUUUUUGAAAGAUUACCAAGUUAUUUUGACCUUCAGAGGAGGCUGAUGCUUUUAGAAGACCAAAUAAGCUAUCUUCUAGGUGGCAUACAAGUUGUUUAUAUCGAAGAAUUGCAGCCAGUAUUGACACUUGAAGAAUAUUACUCUCUUCUCAAUGUGUUCUAUAAAAGACUAUUGAAAACUAGAAUACCUUUUCACCCUCGAAGUCUGCGUGGUUUACAAAUGAUCCUUAACAGCGACAGACAUGCUCCAAGCUUGCAUGAACUUGGCCAUUUUAACAUCCCAACCCUCUGCGAUCCAGCAAACCUCCAGUGGUUCAUUCUCACCAAAGCCCAACAGGCAAGAGAGAAGUUGAAGAGGAAAGAUGAGUUAAAGGUUAUUGAAAAUGAAUUGAUACAGGCUUCAACGAAGAAAUUUUCCCUGGAAAAGUUUUAUAAGGAGCCCAGCGUUUCUAGUAUACAAAUGGUGGAUUGUUGUAAGAGACUUCUAGAACAACCACUGCCUUAUCUGCAAGGGAUGCACCUCUGCGUUUCACAUUUUUACUCUGUUAUGCAAGAUGGAGACCUCUGUAUUCCUUGGAAUUGGAAAAAUGGACAAGCCAUUAAGUAACAUAGAAAUCUAUUUUUUAAAGAGAUAAGAAAGUAAUUUAAACUUAUUUAAAUCCACAAUUUGAUAUAACAGUAUUAUCUACCUAUUACAAGAACAAAGGUUCUAACUGCUGCUUUAAAAGUAGACAUUUUUUUUAAAAAUUAAUUUCUGCUGGGAAACUUGUUUUAAAAAGGUUUUAUCUCCCAGUCUUCUGGUGUUUCUUACCUAAUUGGUUAGACCAGUAAAAAGUUGUUGGGCUGAAAGAACAUAUUUGUAAUGGUAUGUGAGUCAGGGACUCUCCGGAGUUACAAACAUGUAUUUUUAUAUGAGUGUGGGUGAGUGUAAAUAAGUCGCAUUUUGUAUUGCUCCGAAGUAACAGAACUCAUUCUGCGUUUAACCCAAUUCAGUAUGCAACUUGAUAGUCACGUCUCAUGUAUUGGUACACACAUGCAUUUUGCAGCCAACAUGGACAGUUGAUGUCCAAAACAGAUGGUUGAUGGGUAGCAAAAAUUAGAUAACCCAAUUUUGCCUAAAAGAAAGAGUAGAAGGGAAAACAGCAAUUGAAUGAAUAUAUGGUAUUGACAUUAUCAUCAACGAUCUGACACCAGUUUAUAAAAACAUCUUCAAUGACAGAGAAUUUAAUUUGAAACCCAUAAAUUUUCUGACCCAUUGAAAUAGUGUUAACUGUUGGUAGCAUGAAACCAACAGACAGUGAAUUUUUUUUGAAUCAUUGAAUGAGGUGACUCAUUUGUUGCUAUGGAAAAACACUAUUCAAAACCCUUGCUUGUUUCUCAGCGAGUUCCCACAAGCAGGGUCAAGUGUGAGAUGGUUCCAGACCGGUCAGGAUUUCUGUCAGCCCUCAACCCCGGUCUUCCUGUUGCGGCCAACAUUUGGAACUUCCUGUUUCCUCUGAGCCCCCCUGGUCUGUAGGUGUGUGGGCUUCCCUGUAGUCACAGCACAGGCCGUCCCCAAGGGGCCUGGUGCUCCCACUCGGUGGGCAGGCACAGCGCUGCCCUCUCUGCAGGUAGUUCUCUGGGGAUAUUUCUAACCGGAUCCAAAGCCUCUUCAGUUUGUUUCUCAAGAGGACGAGGUGAAUCCUAGUUUGAAACACUAUUUUUGUGGCUCAUCCUGCUGGAGAAAUGAGAAAGGCAUUUUUUUCCACAGUGCAUUAGGAAAGAUGUUUAAAAAAAUUAUUGAUGUUUUAAAUUAAUCUAAAACACUAAUUAUUUAAACUUUACAUUCAAAUGUAUAUUCAAAAGAUGUAUCGAUUUGUAAUUAUUAGUUUGUGCACAUUAUCCUUUUUAACUUAUGCCUAAGACCUGUAGUUAAAUUUUUUGUUCUUACAAAACAACUGUUUCCAGAGCCACAAGAUGGGAGUGAAAAAUUCCUUAAAGGUUACAUAAGAAAACUUAUUGGAAAAAUAGGUUUGGAUUAUGCCAUUUCUGAAAUCAACUACUAUGGGGUCCUCAGUAAUAUGCUUGGCAUUGGACU